AUGCAGCUCCUGGCACCCCUCACCCUCUGCCUGGGCCUCUGGGCAGGGCUCAGCACUGCUGUCAUCCCAGCGGAGGAGGAGAAGCCAUCUUUCUGGAACAAGCAGGCGGCUGAAGCCAUCGAGGCCUCCUUCAAGAUCCAGCCCAGGAUAAGCCAAGCUAAAAACCUCAUCCUCUUCCUCGGGGAUGGAUUCGGGAUCCCCACCAUUACGGCCACCCGCAUCCUAAAGGGGCAGGAGCAGGGGAAGCUGGGCCCCGAGACCCCCCUUGCCCUGGAUGCUUUCCCCUACGUGGCUCUCUCCAAGACGUACAACGUGGACCGGCAGGUCCCUGACAGCGCAGGCGCGGCUGCCCGCCACUCGCAGUGCAACACCACAGCUGGCAACGAGGUGGUCUCGGUGCUGGAGCGAGCCCGCAAAGCCGGAAAGGCGGUGGGCAUCGUGACAACGACGCGGGUGCAGCACGCAUCACCCUCGGGGACCUACGCCCACGUGGUGAACCGCAACUGGUACGCGGAUGCCAGCAUGCCCGCAGACGCUCGCCGUCAGGGCUGCAAGGACAUCGCCUGGCAGCUGGUCCACAACGUUGACAUCAACGUGAUCCUGGGGGGCGGUCGGAAAUACAUGACCCCUGUGGGGACACCAGACCCCGAGUAUCCCACCUACACAUCGGAGAACGGGAUGCGUGAGGAUGGGAAUAACCUCAUCAACAUGUGGCUGGAGGCACGGCCGGGCGCCCGCUAUGUCUGGAACAGGACAGAGAUGCUGGCUGCUGCCGACGACCCCAAAGUGAACUAUUUGAUGGGUCUCUUUGAACCUGGGGACAUGAAGUACAACCUUGUGCGUAACACCACCCUGGACCCAUCGCUCACCGAGAUGAUGGAAGCUGCCAUCACCAUCCUGAGCAGGAAUCCCAACGGGUUCUACCUCUUCGUGGAAGAUAAGUGCCCAUCUGCAGGUGGCAGAAUCGACCAUGGCCACCAUGACGGUGCAGCCCAGAAGGCGCUGACGGAGGCGGUGGAGUUCGACUGGGCCAUUGAGCGGGCAGGUGCCCUGACAGAUGAGGCACAGACCCUCACCGUCAUCACCGCCGACCACUCGCACGUCUUCUCCUUUGGUGGCUACACCCUGCGUGGCUCUUCCAUCUUCGGUCUGGCCCCCAGCAAGGCCACUGACGAGAAGAACUACACGUCCAUUCUCUAUGGGAAUGGGCCAGGCUACCCAGGCUCCAACCGGACCAAUGUGGAUGAGGACACAGCCAGUGAGGAUGCAGAGACCAUGGGCGG